AUGGUCAUUUUCACAGCCUUGCCAUUUGGUACUAGCAGUGAUGAAGGUCGUAUACUGGUUGACGAAUCAGACUAUCAAGGAGUGGACGAUGAACAACUUCCAUUUGAAAUCAAGGAUGUUGUACGGAUACGAGCCAAUGAGAAGUUUUCCAAAUAUUACGACUGCAUGAAUGAACUUGGAGAGGGAAAGUUUGGGAAAGUAUAUCGAUGCCGUGAAAAAGCAACAGGACUUGAGCUGGCAGCAAAACGUAUCAAAAUAAAACGUGAUGCGGAUCGAGAAAAAGUGGAACGGGAGGUAGCUAUUAUGACGAAGUUGAGACAUCCCAGAAUAGCGCAGAUCUAUGAUGCUUUCGCUACACCUGACAACGAUGUUGUACUGAUUAUGGAAAUAGUGACUGGCGGUGAACUAUUUGAUCGGGUUGUUGACGAGAACUAUAUUCUAACAGAGCUGGCCGUUGUAAUGAUUGUUUGUCAGUUAUGUGAAGCAAUUAGUUAUAUUCAUAGCAAAAAUAUUGUUCACCUUGAUAUAAAGCCGGAAAACAUCAUGUGUGUUUCACAAACGGGUAACCGUAUAAAACUCAUUGAUUUUGGGCUUGCUCAAUUUUAUGACGGUUCGUCGAAUUUAUUAUUUAUGGCUGGUACUCCGGAAUUCGUCGCUCCGGAAGUGAUCAAAUUUGAACCAAUCGAUUUCUACACUGACAUGUGGAGCAUUGGCGUCAUCACUUACAUUCUGUUAUCAGGCAUAUCGCCAUUUUUGGGCGAAACUCUAGGUGAUACUUAUGUAGCUGUUGAAAAAGGAGAAUGGGAAUUCGAUGAUGAAGCAUUCGAAGCUAUUUCUGACGCUGCCAAAGACUUCAUAUCCAAACUUCUUAUAAUGGAUCAGAAGCAAAGAAUGCUUCCGGAAGAUUGCUUAAAUCAUCCAUGGAUUGUUGACAGCCGAACAAAAGCUGCAAAUGAUCUGAUAUUAAGUCAACCGAACAGCGGUACUUUGCUAUCGAAAGAAGGGUUGAAAUUAUAUCUCAGAAAUAAACGUUUUAGGAAAGCAACUUGGGCGCUGGUUUUCUUGAUGCGGUUCAAACGACAAACACUAAUGAACUUCGGAAAAGUUUCUGCUGCUGAUGGUGCUGUUGUGGAAGCAUAUGACAGUCUUCCUGUCUCAACAAGAAAGAUUAUGGAAAGUUAUACUGAAUCAGAAGCCAGUGUUUCCGGAACAGUAGAAUCGGCACAGGAGAACGAGAAAAUGAAGAGCGUGUUAACUGACAUUUCUGCUUUUGAUACUUCCAGAAUGGAGUCAAUGACUGCAACAAAGCAUCCUGAGGAAAAGAAGUUAAGCAGCGAGAUUCCGAAAAAGAAAGCAAAACCAAACACAACUGAUGAGGGAAGAAAGAAGCCAAAGCCAAAUGAUGAAAGAAGGACGAAAAAAGGAGCAAAGAAGCCCAGAGAGAAAAACAAUGAGAAAUCAGAUGAAAUCUCUUGUAAGCCGAAAAAGGUUUCCAAGCAUCUUAAAACUGCAUCCGACGGAUCAGAAGGUCAAAUUAAAAAGUCCACUGAGACAGUUUCUGGAUGCAAUGAAGUAAGUGAUUCAAAAAAUUUUAUUCCAGCGAUGUGCGAAGUAUGCAUCACAUUGGAGACAGCCAAACCUGCUGCUUCUUUCACCGAAUUUUCAAAAUCUGUCUGUGCUGCAGAAAGCGCUCACCUGCGUUCUUUGAGUUCCGGAUUAGCUCGGACAAAUAAGAAUGAGGUGGAAACGGAGGAAAGACAAAAAAAAUAUUGCGUUUCAUUAUCUAGUAAUCGAACAGCAAAAGAAUCAACACAUCAUAGCAGUUCAACUAAUAAGCUUAGUGAAAUCAAUAAAAAAGGCAAUUCUGUAGCUGCUAUUUUGUCAAUGUUCACUGAAAAAGCUGAACAGGAAAGAAGACGUUUUGAGCGCCGACCUUCUCGUCCAGUAAGAACUUUUCGAGAUGUGGAGAAAUCUUCACCCAGAAAAUCAUCGGUAGUAACUCAUGAAAAUGAUGGCAACUAUGGAAAGCUUUAUCGAGCACCGGAAGAAGAGAAGAAAAGGGUGAAAAAUUUGAUUGAACUUCAUCGACGUGGUUCUGCAGAUCGAAAGCAAGUUGACACGAAAGAGAUUGUAGCUGUGAAGCAAGAUGAAGAGAAUAAAAGCUUUACGGGUGAAAGAGUAAAUAUUGUCGAACAAGACAAGGUGGAAAUGGAACGAAUGAGCUUAACUGGGGAAAAAACGGAAAUAAAUCCCUCAUUAAAUGUUAAGAAAGAGACGGAAUUGUCAGGGAAAAAGGUUACAGUUUCAGAUUUAGCCCCUUCAAAAUUAAGCGCUGUCAAAAAAACUAGUCAGAUAAUAGAAGAACGGAGUGGUGAUGCCAUGACGAUAGCAAAAACAACGCGUGUGCGAAACGAAACAAAGAAGCAGAAAAAAGAUAUGAUAGAAUUGACGAUAAAUCAGGAAAUGGCGGAAGGGGUUGAAAGGCAAGCGGAAAAUAUUCUGGUCGAGGCAUUGCAAAUUCAACCUUUAUUGGCAUCGCAACAGAAGAUGGCGAUUCAGGAUGAUUCUAACACUAAAAGAAGUAGAAAAACAAGAAGUUGUAUGAAGUUGGACGAAUCACAGAAUGAUUAUCCAUUAAAUUCUUUGGAUAUGACAACGAAACAGCCAAAACAUACAAAAAGCAAUAGUGGUAAAAAAAUUGAAAUUGUUAAUGAAAAGAGAGCUUUAUCUUCGGAUCCACGUCUUUUGGUCGCAAAAAAAAAAGUUACGGGAAAUGCAAACAGUCAAAAUGUGUCUAAACGAAAGAAAAACAAAGUUGAAAUUGUUAACAUAAACCCUGAUAUUAAGGAUGCUGCGCAAAAUUUGUUAGUUAGAGUGGAAAAUUCUGAAGAGUUUAUUGAACAUCAAGAUCCUUCCAGCGAAAAGAAAAUGAAAGAGGGCAUCAAGAAAUUGAAGAAAGGUAAAGCUUUAACAGAAUUGGUUGCAACACCUAGCAGUUCUCAAUUCCCUCAUAAAGCAAAGCAGAUGAAAUCAGUCGAAGUAAAAAAUAGCAGAAUUCAAAAACCAAUCUCAGUUUUGCAACCAUUGUCAGCUGACCCAAUAAUUACUACAAUUAAACAUACGGAGGAGAAUCAUGCUGAUGAACUAUUACAAUGCAUCACUCUCAAAAAACCUCCAAAAGGUUCAGGACGGAAAAAAGUUAGCGGAGAAACGAAAUUGAAGAAGGCACAAGAUAAAUACGGAUCACAGACAGACAGUAUCAGUUCUGACCUUAAGAAUAACGAAACUACAACUUCAGUGCAAAACAAAUUAUCGGAUUCAACAGUUGGAGCAUUGCACUCAAUUCAGGAUACUUUAUCAAAUGUUCAGGGAUCAUUAGGGGUUUUUCCUAACUCCGGACCUCCAAUGCAUGACAUAGUAAAACGAAAAUUUACUCGAAAAAAUAGUUGCUUGAAAAAUUUGUUAGUAAGAAUGAGAUCAGAAAUCAAUUUGGCUGAAGAUAAGGAAAAAAUGAGAUCAAUAUGUACACGCCGAAAAGCUGUUGAUGAUCAAGCCGUUUUUGGUAAUGAAAGAGAUAAAAAUCAGCGUGACAUUUCGAUAGCUCACUUAAAGAAUCAGGAGAACUACAGUUUUGGUUGGCUUAAACUGCAAUUAGAAACACGAGUAAAUAAAGAAAAAGAUGAUCAAAUGGGAUGGAGAUAUCGUCGUGAUUUAGAAAUUUCACCAAUUCAAUCCGGAAAUGCUAAAAAGGCUUUAAGUAUUUGGAAAACAAUGGAGCAGAGCAGUAUUGCCAAAAUUUAG